UCAAAUUGUUAAAUAUUCAUUUGCAAAGAUGUCUAGUUUCUCUAGUCCGAAGCGGAAACAAAGGAUAUACAACACGAGCAUAAGUAAGUCGAGUAAGUCACAGAUAGAAGCGAACUACAAAAGAAAUUAUGAAAUCAGUCCUGUUAUUGCUGCUGAGAGAAUAGUGAAAAUGAAUCAUCCUAUACCUUUUUUGCUUCAGAGAUUCAGGAAGGAAAAAUCUAGUUUAUCACGAAAGUAUUCUGAGAUUACCGACGUGUUCGAUGCUCACAGCCUCCAGCAUGUAUGAACUCUGUAGGAAAGCAAGGAUGCCUGUCCAUGCCGAGAAAGAGCCUCACCUAGGAGCUCUCGAGAUGAUGAGCAUUUUGACAGCCAAGGAAACGUCCAGAGUGAUCUCCGCCUACGACGCUAACGCCCUCCAAUACGAGCAGGACUUCAACGACCGGUGCUACAAAGCGCCACGACUGGCUGCAGAAGCCAUCAGGGACUUCAUCCAGGUGGAAGAUAGGUCAAAGGUCAAGAUCAUGGAUAUUGCCGCCGGGACUGGCAAGGUCGGAGAAUGGUUGGCAAGAUUUGGAUUUCGAGACAUCGAUGCCCUGGACGGGUCUCGAGGAAUGUUAGACACAUUGACCAAGAGAAAUAUCUACGGCAGAAAAAUACACGAUACGAUCGGGUAUCACAGAAUUGACGUGGAAGACGAGACUUACGACGCCGUGUCAAUGUCGGCAGGAUUCGUGGAAGGACACGUGCCCGUUGCCGCUCUCGACGAAAUGCUCCGAAUUUCCAAGAAAGGAGGGAUCGUGGUGGUGGUGCUGAGAUACGAAUACCUCUGGACAGUGGAGGAAUACCGAGACCUGGAACCCUACAUGAGAAGCAUGGAGGAACGGGGUUUAUGGACGAUGCUCCUUCGAAACAUCACUGCCGAAUACUUCUACGAAAAAGAGGGCAUCACCUACGUCUUUCGAAAACUCUGAAGAGUCUUACUGUUUUCUCAUUCGCGUACGUACAUUGCUUCAUAGCAGGGUGUCUCGAAGUCCACGAAGACGUUUCAAAUUGACUUUUUUGUCUCAAACGGCUGAAAUCCGUCGACCAUACCUCAAUAAGAAACUGAAUCAAAGAAGAGAUAGAUAAGCCCGACAAGUGAAUAUGAUUAUCAUGAACGCUCGGAAAUAACCAGAUCCAACUCUGCAAAAGUCUGCAACUUUGACAUAUGCAUUCUUGGGAGUAUAAGACCACUCAUAGUCUCUUAUACUGUAUGUUCUAUGAUUUGUGUGAAUAACAUGGCUGAUGUUAUUCAGUUCCUCUGUUGAAAACAUUGGAGCA